UGGACCUGGACCCAGCUGUGUUUCCAUGAAGAGUGACCAGUCUAUAGGUCGUAUUAUUAACUUCAAGGAUGGACAAAAACAUGGUGAACUGAUAGUUGAUCAGCAGAGGACAGAGGUUCUCAGUGGUCAGUCUGUCCAGCAGCAUGGAGCAGACCUGGACUCCAUAUUUAAGCUGCUGGAGGAGAACAUCAUCUGCUUUGUGAAGAACGAGCUGAAGAAGAUCCACAAGGUUCUGGAUACAGAUCACACAGAAGUCUCAGAGAGUCAGAGGGAGGAUGAGGAGCAGAGGAGCAGCAGAGAGGCCUUUCUGAAGAUCACAGGGGACUUCUUAAGGAGGAUGAAGCAGGAGAAGCUAGCUGACAAAAUCAGAGCUCCAGCUUGUCGACGUGAACUCAAAUCAAACCUGAAGAAGAAGUUCCAGUGUUUGUUUGAGGGCGUGGCUAAAGCAGGAAACCCCACCCUUCUGAAUGAGAUCUUCACAGAGCUUUACAUCACAGAGGGAGGGACUGGAGAGGUCAAUGAAGAACAUGAGGUCAGACAGAUUGAAAGAGCUUCCUGGAAACCAGACAGACCAGAAACAUCCAUCAGACAAGAAGACAUCUUUAAAGCCUCAGCUGGAAGAGACGGACCAAUCAGAAGAGUGAUGACAAAGGGCGUGGCUGGCAUUGGGAAAACAGUGUUAACACAGAAGUUCACUCUGGACUGGGCUGAAGACGAAAGCAACCAGGACGUACAGUUCAUGUUUCCCUUCACCUUCAGAGAGCUGAAUGUGCUGAAAGAGAAGAAGUUUAGUUUGGUGGAACUCAUCCAUCACUUCUUCACUGAAACCAAAGAAGCAGGAAUCUGCAGGUUUGAAGACUUUAAGGUGGUCUUCAUCUUUGAUGGUCUGGACGAGUGUCGACUUCCUCUGGACUUCCACAACACUGAGAUCCUGACUGACGUCACAGCGUCCACCUCAGUGGACGUGCUGCUGACAAACCUCAUCAGGGGGAAACUGCUUCCCUCUGCUCGCCUCUGGAUAACCACACGACCUGCAGCAGCCAAUCAGAUCCCUCCUGAUUGUGUGGACAUGGUGACAGAGGUCAGAGGGUUCACGGACCCACAGAAGGAGGACUACUUCAGGAAGAGGUUCAGAGAUGAGGAGCAGGCCAGGAGGAUCAUCUCCCACAUCCAGACAUCACGAAGCCUCCACAUCAUGUGCCACAUCCCAGUCUUCUGCUGGAUCACUGCAACAGUUCUGGAGAACAUGCUGAAAACCAGAGAUGGAGGAGAACUGCCCAAGACCCUGACUGAGAUGUACAUCCACUUCCUGGUGGUUCAGUCCAAAGUGAAGAGGGUCAAAUAUGAUGGAGGAGCUGAGACAGAUCCACACUGGAGUCCAGAGAACAGGAAGAUGAUUGAGUCUCUGGGGAAACUGGCUUUUGAGCAGCUGCAGAAAGGAAACCUGAUCUUCUAUGAAUCAGACCUGACAGAGUGUGGCAUCGAUAUCAGAGCAGCUUCAGUUUACUCAGGAGUCUUCACUCAGAUCUUUAAAGAGGAGAGAGGCCUGUACCAGGACAAGGUCUUCUGCUUUGUCCAUCUGAGUGUUCACGAGUUUCUGGCUGCUCUUCAUGUUCAUCUGACCUUCAUCACCUCUGGAACAAAUCUGUUGUCAGAACCAACAACAAGCCAGUUGACCAGACCGUUUGGAAAAAAACCUAAACUGAAUCAUCUGCACCAGAGUGCUGUGGACGAGGCCUUACUGAGUCCAAAUGGACACCUGGACUUGUCCCUCCGCUUCCUCCUGGGUCUUUCACUGGAGACCAAUCAGAAGCUCUUGAGAGGUCUACUGACACAAACAGGAAGUGGUUCACAGACCAAUCAGGAAACAGUUGAGUACAUCAAGAGGAAGAUCAGUGAGAAUCUGUCAGCAGAGAGAAGCAUCAACCUGUUCCACUGUCUGAAUGAACUGAACCAUCGUUCUCUUGUGGAGGAGAUCCAAGAGUCCCUCGCAUCAGGAAGCCUGUCCACAAAGACACUGUCUCCAGCUCAGUGGUCAGCUCUGGUCUUCAUCUUACUGUCAUCAGGAAAAGAUCUGGAAGAGUUUGACCUGAAGAAAUACUCUGCUUCAGAGGAGGCUCUUCUGAAGCUGCUGCCGGUGGUCAAAGCCUCCAACAAAGCUCUACUGAGUGGCUGUAACCUCUCAAAAAGAAGCUGUGGAGCUCUGUCCUCAGUCCUCAGCUCUGUGUCCUCUCGUCUGAGACACGUGGACCUGAGUAACAACGACCUGCAGGAUCCAGGAGUGAAGCUGCUGUGUGAUGGACUGAAGAGUCCUCACUGUUCUCUGGAGACUCUCAGAAUGAGUGGCUGUAAACUCUCAGAGAGAAGCUGUGAAGCUCUGUCCUCAGUCCUCAGCUCUGUGUCCUCUUGUCUGAGACACGUGGACCUGAGUAACAACGACCUGCAGGAUCCAGGAUUGAAGCUGCUGUGUGAUGGACUGAAGAGUCCUCACUGUUCUCUGGAGACUCUCAGUCUGUCAGGUUGUCUGGUCUCAGAGGAAGGAUGUUCUUCUCUGACCUCAGCUCUGAACUCCAACCCCUCCCAUCUGAGAGAACUGGACCUGAGUAACAAUGACCUGCAGGAUCCAGGAGUGAAGCUGCUGUGUGAUGGACUGAAGAGUCCUCACUGUUCUCUGGAGACUCUCAGUCUGUCAGGUUGUCUGGUCUCAAAGGAAGGAUGUUCUUCUCUGACCUCAGCUCUGAACUCCAACCCCUCCCAUCUCAGAGAACUGGACCUGAGUAACAAUGACCUGAAGGAUCCAGGAGUGAAGCUGCUGUGUGAUGGACUGAAGAGUCCUCAUUGUUCUCUGGAGACUCUCAGUCUGUCAGGUUGUCUGGUCUCAAAGGAAGGAUGUUCUUCUCUGACCUCAGCUCUGAACUCCAACCCCUCCCAUCUGAGAGAACUGGACCUGAGCUACAAUCAUCCAGGAGACUCAGGAGAGAAGCUGCUGUCUGCUGGACUGAAGAGUCCUCACUGGAGACUGGACACUCUCAGGAUGGACCAUGCUGGAGAGCAGUGGUUAAAACCUGGUGUCAGGAAGUAUUCAUGUGAACUGGAACUGGACACAAACACAAUGAGCAGAAAACUCAAACUGUCUGACGACAACAGGAAAGUGACCGGUGUGACAGAAGAUCAGUCGUAUCCUGAUCAUCCAGACAGAUUUGACGUCUGUCCUCAGCUGCUGUGUAGACCUGGUCUGACUGGUCGCUGUUACUGGGAGGUCGAGUGGAGAGGAGAUGUUUUUAUAUCACUGAGUUACAGAGGAAUCAAGAGGAAAGGCAACAGUUCUGACUCUUUGUUUGGAGAUAAUGAUCAGUCCUGGAGUCUGUUCUGCUCUGAUGAUGAUGGUUACUCUGUCCUUCACUGUGGGACAGAAACACCCAUCAUGUCCUCUGUCUCUCACAGAGUAUCAGUGUAUGUGGACUGUCCUGCUGGGACUCUGUCCUUCUACAGCGUCUCCUCUGACUCACUGAUCCACCUCCACACCUUCAGGACCACAUUCACUGAACCGGUUUAUCCUGGGUUCCUGGUCUGGCGUGGUUCCUCAGUGUCUCUGUGUCCUCUGUAGGACAUGAAGAGACAGCAGCUUCAGUGGUGGACGAGGUCAAAGCUCGUCUCAGUCAUUCUUUG